AUGUCUGGCAAAUUACAGAAAUUAGGAGCGUCAUUAAUAUCGAAAACAAAUUUGUUGCUGCAGAAGACUGUUGAAGCAUCUUCACUUAUAACAAAUAAGACUUUGUAUUAUGGGAAAGUAACCGGUGAACUAUCUAAGCAAAUUUAUCACAAGGAAGGAUUGCAACCCCCAUCACUCGAGGAGUUUAAAGGUUUCUAUAGUAAAUUAUACGAAAAUAGCUUCCAAUAUUUGAGGCAGCCCAAUACAUACAUCAAUUCGUUGCAAAAGAUAAGCAAAAACGACGCCUGGAAGUAUGGUGCAUAUGCUGUACAGCUAAUUGGGUUUUAUUCUGUGGGUGAAAUGAUUGGGAGAAGAAAAUUGGUUGGGUACAGGAACUAUUCAGUUUGA